AUGAUCAGUGCAGUCGAAUAUUUACAACAUCCCGCUAGUCGGUGCUCGGUAGACGGUGGUGGCCGUGCGACCCAACAGGUCGCAUUCAGCAGGCAAUUGUUGAACGGUCAGCUCCCGAAUCAGGAGUCCCAGGCUUCGGAGCAGCCCGACCUCAACUUGCAGCCACAAAACCCAGAGUUGGACGACGAAGACGAUGAAGACACCAAGCCAAACAAGAGAGAACGCAGAAAGAUCGAGAUCCGCUUUAUCCAGGAGAAGUCCAGAAGACACAUCACUUUCUCCAAGCGGAAGGCCGGUAUUAUGAAGAAGGCGUACGAACUUUCUGUUUUGACCGGCACCCAGGUGUUACUUCUUGUUGUUUCCGAAACGGGACUUGUUUACACCUUCACGACUCCCAAGUUGCAGCCGCUGGUGACCAAGCCCGAGGGAAAGAACCUGAUUCAGGCGUGUUUGAACGCCCCGGAGGAGCCUGCCAACGACGAGGAGGACGACCAAGGCGGAGUUGCAGACUCGCAUCCUGGACAGCCCCAUCCUGCUGCCCAGCACCUGCACCCCCAGAUGCAGCCCCAGCCAACCCAACAACCUCUUCCUCCUCCUCCACAGGGCCAGCCCCAGCCAGACCCUUCGCAAGCGGGGCAACCUCCAUACCACAUGCCCCAGAUGGGCAACAACUAUCUCAACCCGGACCAAAGCAACUACUAUAUGGGUUUCAACGGUAACCAGGGUUACAAUUAG